AGUAGUAGGGCUAUCAAAAUAGCCGAUCCUUAUUAUUAUUACUAAUAAUUUAUUAGACAUCCUAUACAUCCAUAAACAGUAUUAUCAUUAUCAUCAUCGGUAAUAGUGGUCAUGGAUGUUAUGGUUAGGGCGGCAACCAUUGACAGGAUCAACCAUCAACGACAACAAAAGAGGAACAGUAGUUCAGUUAUCAUAUGCGGAGAUAACGAAAUUGUAGUUAACAAUUGUCUAACUAUUCAACAACAACAAUGUCAGCCCACAUGCGAGCACCCGUAUCUACCAGUGCACUGUAGUAGUAGUAUCGGCACUGGUAGUAGUAGUAGUGGUGAUGGUGAUGGCCAGCCAUCAUCAUCGGCUGUUAAAAACUGUCGACAACAACCGGGUGGUGGCUGUAUCUGUGCGUACGGUUAUGUCCGAUGUAGUAGGUCUGGCCAGUGUAUACCCCUGAGCCAGUGUCCAGUACAACCAGUUUAUACGGCACCGGUAGUAGUAGUAGUAGUUGGACAAUUGGACAAUAACACAGAGAACCUAGGUAGAAAAUUUGCUGCACAUCCACCACCACCACCAGCACCGGUAGCUAAUUUAGCUGCCAGUGCGGCUGCCGUAGCCGAAGUAGCCAUACCUCCAAUUAUAGACCUACUGGCCCUUAAGGUUAAUCAAACACUGGCACCGAAACCAUCCAGACAGCCAUCAUCAGCUCCGGGUGGUGGUGGUGGUGGUGGUGGAGGACUAAUUGAUGUCAAUCUCGGUUCAAAUGUAUGCACUGGUAUUAUAAUAGCUGCCAUUAAAGUCGAUUGUAAUUAA